UCGUAUAUACAUAUCAAACCAUCUCCGCUCCGAGCUCGAAGUAUAUCUAGAGUAACAUAGACUUCUCAACUCUUAACGACCUCUUACGAUCAUAUCAUCUCAUCUCAUCAUCGAGUCUGUUUCGACACUUGUCUUAUUAGACCUUAUCAUCUCACAUAAAAUAAAAAAUGUCAGCCGCCAUCGCCUCCCGAGCCCAAGCUCCCCUAUCCGCCAUCAUCAGGCAAGCCUUUAAGGGCCUGCGACAAUCUACGCGGAUCGUCGAAGGCAUUGAGGCUCUACCCUCUGCCGGACCAUCUCAGCGCGCCGACUGGGGCCGCAUCGCCAGGGCACGUGUUGGUGUUGCUUCUAUAUACUUCCCCAUGAUGGGCACAUUCCUUACCUGGCCUCUGAUAUCCAGUCACUUCCUUGACGGCCACAUGGGACAAUUCUAAUUUCGGAUCUGUUCACCUUCACGUUCAUGUUCAUACUAUCAUGGGCUAUACGAACCACACUACAUACCGCACACCAUAAACCAUAAGAGCCAUCCGUCGCGACGAUUAUACAAACUGUAUAUAUAAUACCUAGUAUUCGGCCGGGCGUUUUUGGUCACCAGAAGAAACCUGACACAGGUUUAGCAUCAUGACAUAAGGAGGCGUUCCGGUUUAAUUA